AUGCUAUUUAGAAACAUCAGUCAGGAAACCCCAGCAGAAUGCCAUCCCAACGUCAGUGUCAAUCCCGGAGAGGCUGCCAGCCGGAUGUUCCUGGAACGCUCCCAGCCGGAUCAGACACGCUGUAAUUUCCCACUAGGAUGUGUCGGCCUGGCAGGUUAUGGGAACGUUGUGGGAACGUGGUAACCGAAACUGAGUAAUGCUUUCACACCUCAAUAGGUCGCAGCUUUCUCAUUGGACCCCCACAGCCGCACACACAAACAAGCAUGCACGCACACACCCUUUACUAACUCUCUCCCUGCACAAAACUAGUUACACGAAUCGCCAGUGUGGCAAAUCCUUACAUACAGCAUGCUUGCAGUUGAAAAGCACACCUCAAAACCACUCAGUGUGUUUGAAAGAAAACAGACUAUUUGAACUCCGGGUCUGUUAGAAAGUAAUUUCAAAGGGACCACAACACACCUUGAUCCGUUCAGUUUGUUUGUACCACAACAACAUGGCCUAUUCUGUCAAGCUGCAUAAUCGUGUUCUGUAUUCAUAGAUACACCAUCCAUAGACUGUGAGUGACAUUCAUCACAGUAACUAACAUAGAUAUAGAAUCCAUACACUGUGAGUGACAUUCAUCUCACUAGCACAUAUAUAGAAUCCAUACACUGUGAGUGACAUUCAUCUCAGUAGCACAGAUAUAGAAUCCAUACACUGUGAGUGAAAUUCAUGUCAGUAGCACAGAUAUAGAAUCCAUACACUGUGAGUGACAUUAAUCUCAGUAGCAGAGAUAUAGAAUACAUACACUGGGUGUGACAUUCAUCUCAGUAGCACAGAUAUAGAAUCCAUACACUGUGAGUGACAUUCAUCUCAGUAGCACAGAUAUAGAAUCCAUACACUGUGAGUGACAUUCAUCUCAGUAGCAGAGAUAUAGAAUCCAUACACUGUGAGUGACAUUCAUCUCAGUAGCACAGAUAUAGAAUCCAUACACUGUGAGUGACAUUAAUCUCAGUAGCAGAGAUAUAGAAUCCAUAGACUGGGUGUAACAUUCAUCUCAGUAACAUAUGACUGUAAUAGGAUGAUGUAUGAGUGUAUGCCCAUAACUCCUCUCACACAGACAAGCAGUUAGAGAUAGAUCAUACACACACAGAGACAUGUGUGUAUAUAUGUUUAUGUGUGUGUGUGUGUCUUGGCAUGGGUCCAGGACCGGGCCUAAUACUAAGACCAAAUAGACCUGUCUUAUGCUCAGUGGGCAAAACCGGUUGCAAUAACAUCAGACUGACGUCAUGGUCAGGUCGUAGUCUGAAUGUAAAAGGACGUUUUUUUAGAUGUUUUUAGCUUCCAGAAACAGACGCCUUUACCUGGUUGUAUCAGUCACUUAAACAAGAUAACAUCACGAUAUGACGUCUUUCCCAGGCGCCUUGAUUUCUUCAUGGAGAACUCAGUUCAAUAGAUCUUUAUUUUCAGUGAAAGGCAAAAAUAAGUAAUUAAAUGGUUGUAAUCUGACAUCGCAUAUCAGAAAAAUUAUGUCCCUUGAUAACUUUUUGCCCGCUGGGUAACCGUAGAGGAAUUCAGUGUAAGGUUGUGUUUGUUGCCAUGGCAGCCACGCUGGUUGUGUUGUAGUUUGUUUGUGUGUGUGGUCCUGUCAGGGGAAAUGCCAAGUUCACCCGCUCUGGAAUGCAGCAGACAGGGCUAUGCCAGCAGGUGUGAGUGUGUGUGUGUGUGUAUCUGUGGACGUGUUUAACUAUACCAACUGGGUCAAAUGCUAUUUCUAGGGGGUUUAGGGUUAAGGUUAGAAUUAGUGUUAGGGUAAGAAUUAGGUUUAUGGUUAGGAGCUAGGGUUAGCACUGGGGUUAGCACUGAAAACACUGCUACUCCUACUGCUCUCUCCUCGUCUGACCAUGUGUUCUCGCAUACCCCGAGAGCAUCUGGUCAGAGGGGUGGUGGCACAGGAAUCCUCAUCUCUCCCAAGUGGACAUUCUCAAUUUUUCCCCUAACCCACCUGUCUAUCUCUUCAUUUGAAUUCCAUGCUGUCACAGUCACUAGCCCAUUUAAGCUUAAUAUCCUUGUCAUCUAUCACCCUCCAGGUUCCCUUGGAGAGUUCAUCAAUGAGCUUGACGCCUUGAUAAGUUCCUUUCCUGAGGAUGGCUCACCCCUCACAGUUUUGGGGGAUUUCAACCUCCCUAUGUCCACAUUUGACUCAUUUCUCUCUGCCUCCUUCUUUCCACUCCUCUCCUCUUUUGACCUCACCCUCUCACCGUCCCCCCCUACUCACAAGGCAGGCAAUACGCUUGACCUCAUCUUUACUAGAUGCUGCUCUUCUACUAAUCUCACUGCAACUCCCCUCCAUGUCUCCGACCACUACUUUGUUUCCUUUUCUCUCUCGCUCUCCUCCAACACUACUCACUCUGCCCCUACACAGAUGGUAAUGCGCCGCCGCAACCUUCGCUCUCUCUCUCCCACUACUCUCUCCUCUUCCAUCCUAUCAUCUCUUCCCUCUGCUCAAUCCUUCUCCCUCCAAUCUCCUGAUUCUGCCUCCUCAACCCUCCUCUCCUCCCUCUCUGCAUCCUUUGACUCUCUGUGUCCCCUAUCCUCCCGGCCGGCUCGGUCCUCCCCUCCAGCUCCGUGGCUUGAUGACUCAUUGCGAGCUCACAGAACAGAGCUCCGGGCAGCGGAGCGGAAAUGGAAGAAAACUAAACUCCCUGCCGACCUGGCAUCUUUUCACUCCCUCCUCUCUACAUUUUCUUCAUCUGUUUCUGCUGCUAAGGCCACUUUCUACCACUCUAAAUUCCAAGCAUCUGCCUCUAACCCUAGGAAGCUCUUUGCCACAUUUUCCUCCCUCCUGAAUCCCCCCCCCCCCCCCUCCUCUCUCUCUGUGGAUGACUUCGUCAACCACUUUGAAAAGAAGGUUGACGACAUCCGAUCCUCGUUUGUUAAGUCUAAUGACACUGCUGGUCCUACUCACACUGCCCUACCCUAUGCUUUGACUUCUUUCUUCCCUCUCUCUCCAGAUAAAAUCCUGCGACUUGUGACUGCAGGCCGCCCAACAACCUGCCCGCUUGACCCCAUCCCCUCCUCUCUUCUCCAGACCAUCUCCGGUGACCUUCUCCCCUACCUCACCUCGCUGAUCAACUCAUUCUUGACCGCUGGCCAUGUCCCUUCCGUCUUCAAGAGAGCGAGAGUUGCUCCCCUUCUCAAAAAACCAACACUCGAUCCCACUGAUGUCAACAACUACAGACCAGUAUCCCUUCUUUCUUUUCUUUCCAAAACUAUUGAGCGUGCCGUCUUUAGCCAACUCUCUUGCUAUCUCUCUCAGAAUGACCUUCUUGAUCCAAACCAGUCAGGUUUCAGGACUGGUCAUUCAACUGAGACUGCUCUUCUCUGUGUCACGGAGGCUCUCCGCACUGCUAAAGCUAACUCUCUCUCCUCUGCUCUUGUCCUUCUAGACCUGUCUGCUGCCUUUGAUACUGUGAACCAUCAGAUCCUCCUCUCCACCCUCUCCGAGCUGGGCAUCUCCGGCGCGGCUCACUCCUGGAUUGCGUCCUACCUGACCGGUCGCUCCUACCAAGUGGCGUGGCGAGAAGCUGUCUCCGCACCACGUGCUCUCACCACUGGUGUCCCCCAGGGCUCAGUUCUAGGCCCUCUCCUUUUCUCCCUAUACACCAAGUCACUUGGCUCUGUCAUAUCCUCACAUGGCCUCUCCUAUCAUUGCUACGCUGACGAUACACAACUAAUCUUCUCCUUUCCCCCUUCUGAUAACCAGGUGGCGAAUCGCAUCUCUGCAUGUCUGGCAGACAUAUCAGUAUGGAUGACGGAUCACCACCUCAAGCUGAACCCUGGCAAGACGGAGCUGCUCUUCCUCCCGGGGAAGGACUGCCCGUUCCAUGAUCUCGCCAUCACGGUUGACAACUCCGUUGUGUCCUCCUCCCAGAGUGCGAAGAGCCUUGGCGUGACCCUGGACAACACCCUGUCGUUCUCCGCUAACAUCAAGGCGGUGACCCGCUCCUGCAGGUUCAUGCUCUACAACAUUCGGAGAGUACGACCCUGCCUUACACAGGAAGCGGCACAGGUCCUAAUCCAGGCACUUGUCAUCUCCCGUCUGGAUUACAUUUACAUUACAUUUACAUUUUAGUCAUUUAGCAGACGCUCUUAACCAGAGCGACUUACAGGAGCAAUUAGGGUUAAGUGCCUUGCUCAAGGGCACAUUAACGUCAUUUAGCAGACGCUCUUAGCCAGAGCGACUCACAAAUUGGUGCGUUCACCCUAUAGCCAGUGGGAUAACCACUUUACAAUUUUGGGGGGGGGGGGGUUAGAAGGAAUACUGCAACUCGCUGUUGGCUGGCCUCCCUGCCUGUGCCAUUAAACCCCUACAACUCAUCCAGAAUGCCGCAGCCCGUCUGGUGUUCAACCUUCCCAAGUUCUCUCACGUCACCCCCCUCCUCCGCACACUCCACUGGCUUCCAGUUGAAGCUCGCAUCCGUUACAAGACCAUGGUGCUUGCCUAUGGAGCAGCGAGGGGAACGGCACCUCUGUACCUUCGGGCUCUGAUCAGUCCCUACACCCAAACGAGGGCAUUGCGUUCAUCCACCUCUGGCCUGCUGGCUCCCCUUCCUCUGCGGAAGCAUAGUUCCCGCUCAGCCCAGUCAAAACUGUUCGCUGCUCUGGCACCCCAAUGGUGGAACAAGCUCCCUCACGACGCCAGGACAGCGGAGUCACUCACCACCUUCCGGAGACAUUUGAAACCCCACCUCUUUAAGGAACACCUGGGAUAGGAUAAAGUAAUCCUUCUACCCCCCCCCAAAAAAAAUUGUAAAGUGGUUAUCCCACUGGCUAUAGGGUAAAUGCACCAAUUUGUGAGUCGCUCUGGAUAAGAGCGUCUGCUAAAUGACGUAAAUGUGCCCUUGAGCAAGGCACUUAACCCUAAUUGCUCCUGUAAGUCGCUCUGGUUAAGAGCGUCUGCUAAAUGACUAAAAUGUAAAAUAUAAUGUAAAUGUUAGUUUUAUGGUUAGGUUUAGGGGUUAGGGAAAAUAGGAUUUUGAAUGGGACUGAAUUGUGUCUCACCACAAUGUUAGUUAUACAAGACCGUGUGUGUGUGUGUGUGUAUAGUAUGUGUAUGUUUAUGCACAUGUUUUCCCCCAGAGGGAUUGUAUCCCCCAUCAGGGAUUGUAUUUUUUAUGUUGGCGACCCCACUGCAGUUCCUCUUAAACCCACUAGCAUUGCAAUGCUUUGCUAUCAUCAGUAUCCAAUGCCAGAGAGCGUGGGUGGACCUGGAUGAUGUCACUCGUCUCAGACAUGAGUGUUGUUUUUGGCCGCUCCCAUAGGGUGAAAGAAGCGAAACACACACAGAUGAACACCGUGUCCUGAAACUAGGUACAAUAACACACACCUUUCCUUGGAAUUAUCCAAAACACACACUCCCACAACUUUCCUUGAACCUCCCAGACAAUGGGUGGACAUGCUUACCGGUAGCUGAAGCACCCGUCUCCUCUUCCACUAUGAGUCAUACUUGAAUACCAUUGAACUUCACAUUUUACACACACACACACACACACACACACACACACACACACACGUUGAAGCGUACACACUAGACCUAGAAGAUGUCCUAGAACUAGGGUUAUAAAGGAGGGUAUAUAUUAAUGGAAACUUUCAAAGGGAGGAUAUACAGUGAGGGAAAAAAGUAUUUGAUCCCCUGCUGAUUUUGUACGUUUGCCCACUGACAAAGACAUGAUCAGUCUAUAAUUUUAAUGGUAGGUUUAUUUGAACAGUGAGAGACAGAAUAACAACAAAAAAAAUUCAGAAAAAACGCAUGUCAAAAAUGUUAUUAAUUGAUUUGCAUUUUAAUGAGGGAAAUAAGUAUUUGACCCCUCUGCAAAACAUGACUUAGUACUUGGUGGCAAAACCCUUGUUGGCAAUCACAGAGGUCAGACGUUUCUUGUAGUUGGCCACCAGGUUCAGGAGGGAUUUUGUCCCACUCCUCUUUGCAGAUCUUCUCCAAGUCAUUAAGGUUUCGAGGCAGAUGUUUGGCAACUCGAACCUUCAGCUCCCACCACAGAUUUUCUAUGGGAUUAAGGUCUGGAGACUGGCUAGGCCACUCCAGGACCUUAAUGUGCUUCUUCUUGAGCCACUCCUUUGUUGCCUUGGCCGUGUGUUUUGGGUCAUUGUCAUGCUGGAAUACCCAUCCACGACCCAUUUCAAUGCCCUGGUUGAGGGAAGGAGGUUCUCACCCAAGAUUUGAUGGUACAUGGCCCCGUCCAUCGUCCCUUUGAUGCGGUGAAGUUGUCCUGUCCCCUUAGCAGAAAAACACCCCCAAAGCAUAAUGUUUCCACCUCCAUGUUUGACAGUGGGGAUGGUGUUCUUGGGGUCAUAGGUAGCAUUCCUCCUCGAUUUUGGUCUCAUCUGACCACAACACUUUCACCCAGUUCUCCUCUGAAUCAUUCAGAUGUUCAUUGGCAAACUUCAGACGGGCCUGUAUAUGUGCUUUCUUGAGCAGGGGGACCUUGCGGGCGCUGCAGGAUUUCAGUCUUUCACAGCGUAGUGUGUUACCAAUUGUUUUCUUGGUGACUAUGGUCCCAGCUGCCUUGAGAUCAUUGACAAGAUCCUCCCAUGUAGUUCUGGGCUGAUUACUCACCGUUCUCAUGAUCAUUGCAGCUCCACGAGGUGAGAUCUUGCAUGGAGCCCCAGGCCGAGGGAGAUUGACAGUUCUUCCAUUUGUGAAUAAUCGCACCAACUGUUGUCACCUUCUCACCAAGCUGCUUGGUGAUGGUCUUGUAGCCCAUUCCAGCCUUGUGUAGGUCUACAAUAUUGUCCCUGACAUCCUUGGAGAGCUCUUUGGUCUUGGCCAUGGUGGAGAGUUUGGAAUCUGAUUGAUUGAUUGCUUCUGUGGACAGGUGUCUUUUAUACAGGUAACAAGCUGAGAUUAGGAGCACUCCCUUUAAGAGUGUGCUCCUAAUCUCAGCUCGUUGCCUGUAUAAAAGACACCUGGGAGCCAGAAAUCUUUGUGAUUGAGAGGGGGUCAAAUACUUAUUUCCCUAAUUAAAAUGCAAAUCAAUUUAUAACAUUUUUGACAUGCGUUUUUCUGGAUUUCUGUUGUUGUUAUUCUGUCUCCCACUGUUCAAAUAAACCUACCAUUAAAAUUAUAGACUGAUCAUGUCUUUGUCAGUGGGCAAACGUACAUAAUCAGCAGGGGAUCAAAUAUUGUUUUCCCUCACUGUAUGCACAUUUGUUUUUAGUGAUACAAUCUUUAUCAAACAAAAACAUAGAUAUGUAAAAACAAAAGCAUACAUACUACUGGUCUAAAACAGAAACAUUCAUAUCUUAAAAAGAAAAACACAGUACAUAUCUAAAAACACUAACGUUAUUUCAGUCGCACACGCACCUCUGUGUAAACCGAUAGAUUAUCCGUUGAGUCAGAGGGUAUGAAAACAACCCUGUGGAGCCUAAACAUUGUGUGUGUGUGACUGCUGCCAAAUAUCCCUCCUGUGUCAUUUCCUGACAUUGAAGUGCCUCGUCACCUCAGAGGCCUCUGACUUGGACUGUUAUCAUGAAGACAGCCAGAGAAGGGUCAAACACACUAAUUGUUCCAGAACGGAGAGAACACAUACCAUGGGAUUUGUCAGCCUACUUCAAGAUACUUCAAAUACUUCUAACAAACAAUGUUGGGAUCACUUCAUUUCUUAAUUCAGUCAAACAUUGAAAAAUCUUUGUAGAAAAUCUGUGUGUGUGUGUGUGUACACUAUGUCGGCGGGCAACCGUAGGGUGCAUGUGACGCGUCUAGUGCAGUAGUGCCUAGGUAGAGGUAAGUUGCAUGCCCACUUACCACGUGCUUGCAUACUCUCGCUUAAAGCUUGCUGCCGCCCGCGAGCCCUUGUGGUGAAUUGGGGAGCACCUUCAUGCAUAAGUCUCCCCUUGCCGGUACAAAACCUCUCCAUGACUGGGCCUCCUCGCGGUGGCACACGUUAACUGGUUGUCUUGAAACUCCAGGCUAACCCGGCAAGGGAUCUCGGAGCAGCAGUGGGCCCCAGAGAUGCGUCUGUACAGGCCCACCUCUGUGUGGACACGUCAUGGCAGCCAUCAACCACUGUCCCGCUGCCUUGUGGGUUAGUCUGGUACGACAAAGGCUAGGGGAGCACACCCUGAGAGAAAAGCAGCAUGCUGGCGAUGCGCGGUAGGCGGACGCCGACAGACUGGGGAUCCGGCAGCCUCCUGGAGCUGUGGAAGAUACUGGUCGUCCUGGGUUUCCCCACUUGCCACUGGAAUUUCACCUUCCUACAGUGAAGUAGUGCUGUUGGGGAUUGCGCACCCUCAGCUGCACUUUAAAUAACCUUCUCUGCGCAGGUAUCCACUUCUGACCUCGGUGAAGCCAUCAACCGGAAACCGGACUAAAGUCAGGCGGCGUUGGGGUGUCUGAUGACGGGGGCAGGAGUGAAUACACUGGGAGCCCUUAAUCAGACCCCUGCACGCCAGCGGCACAGGACUACUAUGGUCGCCAGCAGCUGAGACUUGAGUGGCAGCUGCUCUCGGCAGACCCCUGUGUGACUGAGCAGCCCUAUUUAGGAGCCACACUGCUCACCCCAGCUGGGGAGAGGCCUAGAAAAGGUAGCCUAAAAAUUGCCCACUCACUCCAUCCUGGAUAGGCUACCGCACCUAUCGGGAGUUCCACUCAGCGGUCGAAAAAUGCUCAAGAAAAUAAUUCCCCUGAAACUGGCGACAUGGAACAUCAUAACUCUUUUGGAAACUGACGAUAAUAGCGAAAGACCCCAUCGGAGAACAGCAAAGGUGCUACAACAUUGACAUUGCUGCCCUGAGUGAGACCAGGUUCCUGGAUGAAGUUUCCCUGAAAGAGGAGGGAGAAGGCAACACCUUCUUCUGGAAAGGUUACCCUCUGGGUGGACAACAUCAGCACGGUGUGGGACUGGCAAUUAAGAACAGCCUUUUACCCAGCCUCACCGAAACACCUGUCGGCAUAAGUGAAAGACUCAUGUCUCUCCGUAUCCCCCUAGCCAAGAUGCGCUAUGCUACUCUUCUCAGUGCAUACGCACCAACGUUACCAUCUGAAAAUGAGGCAAAGGACUGCUUCUACCAGUCACUAGAUGAGGCCCUUCACCACAUCCCCAGGAAUGACAAGAUCUUUCUGCUGGGUGACUUCAACGCUAGGGUGGGACAGAACAACAGGACAUGGAGCGGAGUGCUGGGUAGGCAUGGUGUUGGCCAGGUCAAUGAGAAUGACAUGAGACUGCUAACUCUAUGUGCCGAGCACGAUCACAUUGUCACAAACACCUUGUUCCAGCAGAAGAACAAAUAUAAAACAUCAUGGAUGCACCCACGCUCCAAACACUGGCACCUGAUCGCCUACGUCACAGUGAGACGUUCUGACACUAAUGACGUGCUGCUGACACGUGCCAUGAGGGGUGCAGAAUGCUGGACAGAUCACUGUAUGAUACUUGCUAAACUCCAGGUGAGAAUACGUCUCCCCUCCAACGCCUGCAGAAGUCCAGUAAGAGGUGUCUGCACUGUAUCCGGCUUGAGAAAGCUGCAGUAAGGGACGAGUUCCGUCGCUCUCUCGCUGAAAGGCUGAGGGAGACUGAGCCUCUUCUGAGCGCAGAGGACCCCAUGGACCAGAAGUGGGCAUCUAUUAGCUCAGUGCUCUAUCAGGCAGUGGCCCACUCCAUUGGCUACAGAGGUAGGAAACAUCAGGACUGGUUCGAUGAGAACUCUGACACCAUCAAAACCUUACUGGACAAUAUGAACAAAGCGCACAGGGCUAGUCUCAACAGCCCCACAUCUGCUACCCUCUGCAAGCAAUGGCAUGCAUCGCGCAAGGAAGUGCAAACAACCUGCUCUGCAGAACGAAUGGUAGACGAAUAAGGCACAGGAAAUCAAAAUGUAUGCCGACAAAAAUGACAUGCACAAUUUCUACAACUCAACUAAAGCAAUCUAUGGCCCUAGAAGUCGCUCCAUCACCCCCCUGAAAACAGCUGAUGGUCGGACUCUCUUGAAGGACCAAAACCAGAUCCUGAUGCGGUGGGCUGACCACUUUGAAGCACUACUCAAUCAGCACUCCCCUACAGACCACUCCAUCCUGGAAGAACUGCCUGUCCGUCCACCCAUUCAAGACCUCCACCAUUCGCCAACCUUCCAAGAGGUGUUAUCAGCUAUCCGUUCCAUCAAGAACAACAAGGCUCCUGGCGCUGACAGCAUCCCGGCAGAGCUACUUAAGAAGGGAGGUUACUUCUGCACCAGAACACUCCACCAGUACCAUCACGGAGGUUUGGGACCGGGAGAUCGUCCCCCGAACAGUGGCAGGAUGCAAACAUUGUCACCAUCUAUAAGAACAAGGGAGACAAGUCCAUCUGCGGUAACAGCCGGGGGAGAUCCCUUCUGGCUGUUGCCGGCAAGGUCCUGGCCAAGGUGAUGCUACACAGGGCUGGUGAACAACGUCACAGAGGAACUGCUGCCAGAGUCACAAUGCGGCUUCAGAAAGAACAGGAGUACGGUCUACAUUAUAUUCACGGCACGGCAACUCCAGCAGAAGUGCUGUGAACAACACCUUUUCAUGACCUUUGUCAACCUCUCCAAGACCUUCGACACUGUGAGCAGGGAACUACAAUGGGGCGUUGUGGCUGUCCAGACAAAUCUGUCAACAUCCUUUGCCAGUUCCAUGGUGGGAUGAUGGCUCGGGUGGCCAUAGGAGGGCAGGAGUCAGUGCCCUUUGGAGUAAGCAUCGGUGUGAGGCAGGGGUGUGUGCUGGCACCUGUACUCCUCCUAUGUGUCACCCAGCUUCUCCACAAGGAGCUUGAGCACAGCAGCGGGGAUGGAAACUUCAGGCUGGAUGGAAACCUAUUCAACAUUUGAGCUGUUCUUGCCAUAAUAUGGACUUGGUCUUUUACCAAAUAGGGCUAUCUUCUGUAUACCUUGUCACAACACAACUGAUUGGCUCAAAGACAUUAAGAAUUAAAGAAAUUCCACAAAUUAACUUUUAAGAAGGCAAACCUGUUAAUUGAAAUGCAUUCCAGGUGACUACCUCAUGAAGCUGGUUGAGAGAAUGCCAACACUGUGCAAAGCUGUCAUCAAGGCAAAGGGUGGCUAUUUGAAGAAUCUCAAAUAUAAAAUAUAUUUUCAUUUGUUUAACACUUUUUUGGUUACUACACGAUUCCAUAUGUGUUAUUUCAUAGUUUUGAUGUCUUCACUAUUAUUCUACAAUGUAGAAAAUAGUAAAAAAAUUAAGAAAAUCGCCUACUCACUCCAUCCUGUAGGUUGAGGUGGUGAGCUGACACCUCAGGCAGCUCUUCUCUGAUUUUUACAUGAGUUAAGACGAGUUAAUGAGGUAAUGACUUGGACCUGGUGGGCACACACACACACACACACACACACACACACACACAAUUUCCUAAUUUGUGAGGAAAACAUUAUUACCAUACCAUCCAGGAAUCUAUUUCAUGGUCUAUUUUAAGACCAACUUAGAAAACUCAGACCCAGGCACAAACACACAGUGUCUCCUGACACACAACGUGGUCCUAGUAUUCCACAGGAGGGAAAACACUGUUAGUCUGGCCUGUCACUCAAUAAACCCUCACUUCACUUUCUCUGUAUGGUGACAUGGCGCACACAUCUAAGAGAAGAGGACAGGUGGAAUCAAGUAAGGGACAGUUUGUGGGGCAGUGGGAGGUGGUGAGAGAGAGUCAAUGAUAGGGACAGUUAUAUGAAAUAUACAGAACAGGGAAAUAUGAGAAAGAAUGGGACUGAGGGAGAGAUUUGCGUCAUGUAAAAGACAGCAGCUCUGCGCUAAAGGUACUGUAAACCCUCCUUAGAACAAGCCUCGUACUACCAUCCAGAUUUUGCAAGCUUAAAUAAAUGUGUUUCGCUGAUUCAGUGUAGUGAAAUAUAUAUUUAUGUGAGUUCGCGAGAUCUGGAUGGUAGUUCGAGGCUACCUUAUAGCGGGCAUUGUCGAAGAGAAGUUUAAAAAUGAAUUAUGAUGAUCUGUGCUCUUGAAAAUGUCACCCUGAGUGUGCUAGGCUGUAAAAAGACUUAUAGAGAAUUAUGUUUUGUGUACUAAGUCUGACAUCUCCCCAUUAUGCCAUGAUAGUGUUGUCUUUCUGUAGUAAAACCAUAUAGGACAGCCCCUCAACUACCUCAACAGUAGGAAAUGUCAUCCUUGCUGUGAAAAAAAACAGACUCCUUUUUUAAAAACUCACAGCCUGUCCUACAUUCCUUGUCCACCUGCCAGUGGUGAUUAUGGUGUCCCAUCAAAGUGUGAUCCCACACUGGUCUCGUCCCAAAUGGCACCCUAUUCCCUACAUAGUGCACUACUUUUGACCACAGCCCUAUGGGUCCUGGUCAAAAGUAGUACACUAUAUAGGGAAUACGGUGCCAUUUGGGAAGCACCCACUGACUGACUACUCAUAUCACAUAAAGGACACACACACUAUCGAUAUCUGACUCUGACACCUGAUUCAGCCUCCCGGCCCUGUCCUGACACCCCUGUCACACACGCAUAGACAAAUACACACACAUUUGCCAUGGCGACGCACACACACACACACACACACACACACACACACACACACACACUCGGGGGGCAUGUCCCCAGUGCAUUGUUUGAAUCGUGAAUUGUGACGAAUGAUAUUUGACCCACUCACACACACCCUCACAUGCCUCCUUUCCUUUACAUAGAAGACAAUUAUUAGGACAUAACUGGGUUGUAUUCAAUAAAGCGUGCAACGGAAAACGUUUUAAAACGUUAGCAACGGAAAAUGCAAAUUAGAGUUUCUUAUUAGUCCCUCCCUGCUUCAGUCCGUUUCCUUACGUUUGGUGCCUGAUGAAUACAACCCUGGACUAUCCCAAAGAAUGACCAUUGGCCAAGCCAACGGAGUAGCUGUAGUUGGAGUGAUACCAACCUAUUCUAAAGGGGAGCGCUAGCCUAGCGGUUAGCGUGUUAGGCCAGUAACUGAAAGGUCGCUGGUUUGAAUACCCGAACUGACAAGGUGAAAAAUCUGUCGAUGUGCCCUUGAGCAAGGCACUUAACCCUAAUGUGCUCCAGGGGCGCUGUACUACCAUGGCUGACCCUGUAAAACAACACAUUUCACUGCACCUAUCCGGUUUUAUUUUAUUAGAUCCAAGAAUGCUGCCAUUAAAAUGUCCAUCAACAACAUUGUAGAGAGAACUGGUUCUGAAGCAAAUGCCAUAGUUCAGUUACUGGGGCAUAUAAUUAAGCUAAUGCUAGGCCCACUGACAUAACAAACCCUUUCCCCCUACCCCUGCACUAUUUGCAAAUCUGAAGGGACCGGUGAAAUAAACCAAUAUGGAGGACACUUCCCUAAGACCUUUGGAAAGCUAGGGUGGAUUAACACCAUUGGAUCACAACUUACCAGUCCCUUCAGGUUUACAAACAAUGAAGGUUGUUGUUGGAGCAGGCAACCAUAGUGACAGUAAGUGCCUUUCCCCAACUGACCAGUGUAUAAAGCCCUUUUUACAUCAGCAGUUGUCACAAAGUGCUAUACAGAUACCCAGCCUAAAACCCCACACAGCAAGCAAUGCAGUGACAGAUGCAGUGGCUAGGAAAAAACGUCCUAGAAAGACAGGAACCUAGGAAGAAAUCUAGAGAGAAACCAGGCUCUGAGGGGUGGCCAGUCCUCUCCUGGCUGUGCCGGGUGGAUAUUAGAAGAGUACAUGUGUGGCCAUGAAGGCCAGAUGGUUAUUCGGAGAAAACCAUGAAGUCCUAGUUACUUAGAGACUAUAGGCCAAUAGUUUUUAAUGAUCAGAUCAAGCGUUUGGGGAAAACGACAGGUUCUAUGCAUGGGUGAUGGUCUUACCUACGGAGGGCACCCUCCUGUGGUGGGUAGGACACUCCAGGGUCCCCUGUUGGGUUCGACCAAACAUGGCCGAGUAGACAGCGAUCUCCAUCCCCCGUUUACAGCUCAGCUUCAUCCUCUCCUCCUCACACACCACCUUACUCCUAUACUCAUCUGGAAGGGGGUGGGGGGAGAUGUAUCACCUUUAGUAUCAUGACAGACACACCUUACCCUUUCUGUCUGUCUCAGGCUUACUCUGAAGUUUGCCUUUUAUUUUCUUGUGUCCAUUGUCCAAGUUUUACAUACUUGUGUCCAUUGUCAUCUCUCCAUCAUCCCUUUCCAAGCGCCAUUAGCCUUCUCUCACUCUUUCUGUCCUACAACACUGAAAUCCCCAUCCCCAAAUGUAAACCUCUCUCUCCCCGUCCAUCUUUCCUCCCCUCUAAUCCCUUCUCUCAGAGCCAGAAUACCAGGGGUGUAAUCCCUUCUCUCAGAGCCAGAAUACCAGGGGUGUAAUCCCUUCUCUCAGAGCCAGAAUACCAGGGGUGUAAUCCCUUCUCUCAGAGCCAGAAUACCAGGGGUGUAAUCCCUUCUCUCAGAGCCAGAAUACCAGGGGUGUAAUCCCUUCUCACCCAGGGUGUUGUAGUAGCUAAAUCCACUCAUGUUAUUCCUGAGCUGUGGUGUGGUCACACUAGACUGACUGGGAGUGGCCACUCACUCCACUACCCUGACCCUGGACCAAUCAACAGCUCUUUUGUCCUCUGUCACUUAACCAAUGACUUCUGGGCGACAGAGAAAUGGCUCUGUAGGAUCUAAGUGGGAUUUUAGUGAGGUGCAACGAGCUGGUGUCACUGCCUCUGAAUGGAAAGAGAGCUGGGUUGACCUCUCUCUCUCUCUCUCUCUCUCUCUCUCUCUGUCUCUCUCUCUCUCUCUCUCUCUCUCUCUCUCUCUCUCUCUCUCUCUCUCUCUCUCUCUCUCUCUCUCUCUCUCUCUCUCUCUCUCUCUCUCUCUCUCUCUCUCCUCUCCUCCCCUGCAUUCCUGUUCCUCUCCCCCAUGUCCAUAGUUGUGAUAUCCUGGCUAGUGGAGGUAGUUAUUCAGGGCGUUCAGCUGUCACAGGUCACUGUGACUGGGCUCUGUGUGUGGAAUACCUGUGCAUGGCUAAACACAUCCACGUUGCAGGUUGACAAUCAUUGGUAUGAAUCUUGUCUUGGAGGCAGAGCUGAGCGAUUUCCACUAGAUGGCCCAGCUGCAAAGUCAAAAUUGUCUAUAUAUCGUAAAAAUGUAUUCAAACAAAAAAUAGCUUUUUGGUCUUCAUUUCAAGUUAGGGUUAGGCAUAAGGUAAACGGUGUGGUUAAGGUUAAAAUCAGAUUGUAUGACUUUGUGGCUGUGCCAGCUUGUGACUACCCUGCAGAGCUGCCUCCAGUACAUGACUCAUCCCAAUAAAAGCCAACAUGCAUCCACACUAUCAAGGCUUCUGUUUCUGCACCUUAGUAUGAAUGGGAUUUAAACCUUAUAUCGCGUCACCAGGGUUUUCUGUCUCUCUCUGUGUGUGUGUGUGUGUGUGUGUAUGUAUAAGAAACAGACAGUAGAAGGUGGAGUAUAACUUAUAAAGAGGCUGAGGGUUGAUGAGGGAGGGACUUACUAGGCUGGCAUUUAUACCACACAAUGAGGUAUUUGCUGCUACUGGGGCACGGGUCCGUCCCGAAGAGACCACUGGUGACAAGGACCUGACAGAUCCUCCUGUCCUGGCACUCAUCCAACAUUUUCUACCAGAGAAAGAUUAAGGGGGGAGAAAGAUAAAUAUUAAGGGGGGAGAGAGAGAGAACAAUGAGCAAGCGUCGGUGAGACCGGAGGGCACACAAACCUAAAACCACUUCAAAACAACCUAACCAUCCCCUUCUCCUCCCAGGCCAUGGGAACAGUUCUACACUCCAGCUUCCUGACAUCCCUUCCAUAGCUCAGACUUCACAGUCUUAAGGCGUCAGCAUGCUUCAGUUCAGCUGGCGCCUACCCGAACCGAACGAGUGUGCUCGCAAACUCCCUUAAAAAGACCUUAACUUGAGAAACAAGCAGCAAUAGUACCGUUUGUCUAUCUUGAGAUGCCGUAGCCAGUCUGCCUCAAAAUAGUCCGAAUUAAUCUAAGGUAACUCAAGAAAUCUGUCAUUAACUUUGAUGUUUUUGCCAAGGAGAUCUUACUUGCCCAAUUUUACAUCGAACUAAGAUGUUUGGUGCAGUAUUUCUCAAGUGAAAAAAUUUGCAUGAAAAGGAUUUGUCUCUCAUUGAAUGACAACAAACACUUAGUUGAAGAAUCCCUACUGUUGACCAAUCACAGACGAAAGGGCAUAGAUUUCACCUUUCGACUAAAGGCUUGUCUCGUUAAAAAAAUGGUGAGUGCGAACAGCCAAAGAAACACUUGCCGAAAACCAAAACGAACAAAAAUGUCACAAAAUGUCAUCAUAACAUAUGCACAAACUGUUCCGAAAUGUUUCGGACAGGAAGCAUGCGGAUGCCUUUACACAUUUCCUUAUUUUCUAAGUAACAUUCUACUACAUUCCUCAACAAGGAAUUCUCACUCCCUGACCAAAUUCACAUUUCCUAGUGGUGUAUAAAAAUACAAGUUGUUUCUGUCAUUUUUUCACCACAAUGCAUCACACUAUUGACGUAAGCCACCUUUAUGCUGGGCGGCGCCCAUUUAUGAUUGCGUGUGGCAGUGGGAGUUGUGACCGGUAGAUCGGUGCCUGCUGCUGUGCAAAGCUGGCACACGAGCAGUGACUUCCACUAAAACAAACAGUGACGUGUAGAAGACAACCUUCCAGUGUUCUCCUGUCAUGUAGAAGACAAACUCCCAGUGUUCCGGUGUGUAGAAGACAACCUCCCAGAGUUCUCCUGGCAUGUAGAAGACAACCUCCCAGUGUUCUCCUGGCGUAUAGAAGACAACUUCCCAGUGUUCUGGCAUGUAGAAGACAACCUCCCAAUGUUACGGUGUCACGCCCUGGCUCUGGGGACACUGUUAUGUUGAGCCAGGGUGUGUAGAUCUAUGUGUUGUUUGUUGAUCUAUGUCGGGAGUCUAGGUAUGGUAUUUCUGUGUUGGCCAGAGUGGUUCCCAAUCAGAGGCAACGAGUGUCAGCUGUGGCUGGUUGUCUCUGAUUGGGAGCCAUACUUAUAGAGGCUGUUUUCCCACAUUAGUUGUGGGAUCUUGUUUCGAGUUGGUUUGUGUUAGACCGUGAACUGUCACGUUAUCGUUUUGUUUAUUUUGUCGUAUAUCGCUAAUAAAGAGUAUGUUUGCCUGCAAUGCUGCGCCUUGGUCCUCCUCUCUUACCGACGAUCGUGACAGAAGAUCCCACCAAAACUGGACCAAGCAGCGUGUCCAGGAGCCAUCGCCAGGGGAGUCGCUAGCAGAUCUCCGUGGCAACCUCGACUGGGUCAAGCCUAAUGAAGAGCAGAAUGGCUGGAGUUGGAAGCAGAAGAGCGAGAGUUGGGGGAGAACAAUAGAGGCCUGGCCCACGGGGAGGAGAGACCCCCAGAAUUUUUUUAGGGGGGGGCUCACGACGUGGACGUCGGGGCAGCAGGAGGCCGCGAUAGAGCGGUCCAGCGGGUUGGCAGAGGAGGCCGCCAGGUUACGGGGGCCACUGGUAUUAAAGGGGAAGGAAAGUGUGGAGGCACGGCGAGAGGUACUGGGGUGUGUUACCAGUCCGGUCCGGCCCGUUCCUGAUCCCUGCAUAGGGCCAGUGGUGUGUGUCCCCAGUACGGUCCGGCCUGUUCCUGUUCCUCGCAUCAGGCCAAUGGUGCGCGUCGCCAGCCCGGCCCGUCCUGUUCCUGCUCCCCGCACCAGGCCAAUGGUGCGCGUCUCCAGCCCGGCCCGUCCUGUUCCUGCUCCCCGCACCAGGCCAAUGGUGCGCGUCGCCAGCCCGGCCCGUCCUGUUCCUGCUCUCCGCACCAGGUCAAUGGUGCGCGUCGCCAGCCCGGUCCGGCCCUUUCCUGCUCCCCGCACCAAGCCAAUGGUGCGCGUCGCCAGCCCGGUCCGGCCCUUUCCUGCUCCCCGCACCAAGCCAAUGGGGCGCGUCGCCAGCCCGGCCCGUCCUGUUCCUGCUCUCCGCACCAGGUCUAUGGUGCGCGUCGCCAGCCCGGUCCGGUCCUUUCCUGCUCCCCGCACCAAGCCAAUGGGGCGUGUCGCCAGCCCGGUCCGGCCCGCUCCUGCUCCCCACACCAAGCCAGUGGUGUGCGUCGUCAGUCCGGCACGUCCCGUGCCUGUUCCACCGGUGCCUGGUCCGGCACCGGUCAGAUGCUUCACGCCGGAGCUAGAGCAAUCCGCUCCACCAGUGUGCAGUCCAGCUCCGGCCAGCGGGGUCAGACCGGACCAGGGGUACUUUGGGGGGUUGGAGAGGGAGCGGGGAUCAGGCCCGGAGCCGGAUCCGCCGCCUAGGCGGAGUGCCCACCCGGUCCCUCCCCUGUGGUAUUUGGUUGACGCGGUCGGAGUCCGCGCCUUUAGGGGGGGGGGGGGGGGGGGGGGGGGUACUGUCACGCCCUGGCUCUGGGGACACUGUUAUGUUGAGCCAGGGUGUGUAGAUCUAUGUGUUGAUUUUCUAUGUCGGGAGUCUAGGUAUGGUAUUUCUGUGUUGGCCAGAGUGGUUCCCAAUCAGAGGCAACGAGUGUCAGCUGUGGCUGGUUGUCUCUGAUUGGGAGCCAUACUUAUAGAGGCUGUUUUCCCACAUCAGUUGUGGGAUCUUGUUUCGAGUUGGUUUGUGUUAGACCGUGAACUGUCACGUUAUCGUUUUGUUUAUUUUGUCGUAUAUCGCUAAUAAAGAGUAUGUUUGCCUGCAAUGCUGCGCCUUGGUCCUCCUCUCUUACCGACGAUCGUGACAUACGGUGUGUAGAAGACAAGCUCAAAGUGUUCUGGUGUGUAGAAGACUACCUCCCAGUGUUGUUCUGGUGUGUAGAAAACAACCUCCCAGAGUUAUGGUGUGUAGAAGACAACCUCCCAAUGUUACGGUGUGUAGAAGACAACCUCCCAGAGUUCUCCUGGCGUGUAGAAGACAACCUCCCAGAGUUCUCCUGGCGUGUAGAAGACAACCUCCCAGAGUUCUCCUGGCGUGUAGAAGACAACCUCCCAGUGUUCUCCUGGCGUGUAGAAGACAACCUCCCAGAGUUCUCCUGGCGUGUAGAAGACAACCUCCCAGUGUUCUCCUGGCGUGUACAAGACAACCUCCCAGAGUUCUGGUGUGUAGAAGACAACCUCCCAAUGUUACGGUGUGUAGAAGACAAGCUCAAAGUGUUCCGGUGUGUAGAAGACAACCUCCCAGAGUUCUGGUGUGUAGAAGACAACCGUCCAGUGUUCCGGUGUGUAGAAGACAACCUCCCAGUGUUCCGGCGUGUAGAAGACAACCUCCCAGAGUUCUCCUGGCAUGUAGAAGACAACCUCCCAGAGUUCUCCUGGUGUGUCGAAGACAACCUCCCAGAGUUCUCCUGGCAUGUAGAAGACAACCUCCCAGAGUUCUCCUGGUGUGUCGAAGACAACCUCCCAGAGUUCUCCUGGCGUGUAGAAGACAACCUCCCAGAGUUAUUGUGUGUAGAAGACAACCUCCCAGUGUUCCGGUGUGCAGAAGACAACCUCCCAGGGUUCCGGUGUGUAGAAGACAACCUCCCAGUGUUGUGGGGUGUAGAAGACAACCUCACAGUGUUGUUAUGGCAUGUAAAAGACAACCUCCCAGUGUUCUGUUGUGUGUUCUGGUGUGUCGAAGACAACCUCCCAGUGUUCUGGCGUGUAGAAGACAACCUCCCAGUGUUCUGGUGUGUAGAAGACAACCUCCCAGGGUUCCGGUGUGUAGAAGACAACCUCCCAGUGUUCUGGUGUGUAGAAGACAACCUCCCAGUGUUCUGGUGUGUAGAAGACAACCUCCCAGUGUUGUUCUGUCGUGUAGAAGACAACCUCCCAGUGUUCUGUUGUGUGUUCUGGUGUGUAGAAGACAACCUGCCAGUGUUCUGGCGUGUAGAAGACAACCUCUCAGUGUUGUUCCGGUGUGUAGAAGACAACCUCGCAGAGUUCUCCUGGCGUGUCGAAGAUAACCUCCCAGAGUUCUCCUGGCAUGUAGAAGACAACCUCCCAGAGUUCUCCUGGCGUGUAGAAGACAACCUCCCAGAGUUAUUGUGUGUAGAAGACAACCUCUAAGUGUUCUGGUGUGUAGAAGACAACCUCCCAGGGUUCCGGUGUGUAGAAGACAACCUCCCAGUGUUCCGGUGUGUAGAAGACAACCUCCCAGUGUUGUUCUGGCGUGUAGAAGACAACCUCCCAGUGUUGUUCUGGUAUGUAGAAGACAACCUCCCAGUGUUGUUCUGGUAUGUAGAAGACAACCUCCCAGUGUUCUGGCAUGUUGAAGACAACCUCCCAGUGUUGUGGGGUGUAGAAGACAACCUCCCAGUGUUGUUCUGGUAUGUAGAAGACAACCUCCCAGUGUUCUGGCAUGUUGAAGACAACCUCCCAGUGUUCUGGUGUGUAGAAGACAACCUCCCAGUGUUGUUCUGGCGUGUAGAAGACAACCUCCCAGUGUUCUGGUGUGUAGAAGACAACCUCCCAGUGUUCUGGCGUGUUGAAGACAACCUCCCAGUGUUCUGGUGUGUAGAAGACAACCUCACAGUGUUGUUAUGGCAUGUAGAAGACAACCUCCCAGUGUUCUGUUGUGUGUUCUGGUGUGUCGAAGACAACCUCCCAGUGUUCUGGCGUGUAGAAGACAACCUCCCAGUGUUCUGGUGUGUAGAAGACAACCUCCCAGAGUUGUUCUGGUGAGUAGAAGAGAACCUCCCAGUGUUCCAGUGUGUAGAAGACAACCUCCCAGGGUUCCGGUGUGUAGAAGACAACCUCCCAGGGUUCCGGUGUGUAGAAGACAACCUCCCAGGGUUCCGGUGUGUAGAAGACAACCUCCCAGAGUUCCGGCGUGUAGAAGACAACCUCCCAGUGUUCUGGUGUGUAGAAGACAACCUCCCAAUGUUCUGGUGUGUAGAAGACAACCUCCCAGUGUUCUGGUGUGUAGAAGACAACCUCCCAGUGUUGUUCUGUAGUGUAGAAGACAACCUCCCAGUGUUCUGUUGUGUGUUCUGGUGUGUAGAAGACAACCUCCCAGUGUUCUGGUGUGUAGAAGACAACCUCCCAGUGUUCUGGUGUGUAGAAGACAACCUCCCAGUGUUCUGGCGUGUAGAAGACAACCUCUCAGUGUUGUUCCGGUGUGUAGAAGACAACCUCCCAGUGUUCCGGUGUGUAGAAGACAACCUCGCAGAGUUCUCCUGGCGUGUCGAAGAUAACCUCCCAGAGUUCUCCUGGCAUGUAGAAGACAACCUCCCAGAGUUCUCCUGGCGUGUAGAAGACAACCUCCCAGAGUUAUUGUGUGUAGAAGACAACCUCUAAGUGUUCUGGUGUGUAGAAGACAACCUCCCAGGGUUCCGGUGUGUAGAAGACAACCUCCCAGUGUUCCGGUGUGUAGAAGACAACCUCCCAGUGUUGUGGGGUGUAGAAGACAACCUCCCAGUGUUGUUCUGGUAUGUAGAAGACAACCUCCUAGUGUUCUGGGGUGUAGAAGACAACCUCCCAGUGUUGUGGGGUGUAGAAGACAACCUCCCAGUGUUGUUCUGGUAUGUAGAAGACAACCUCAGAGUGUUCUGGCGUGUUGAAGACAACCUCCCAGUGUUCUGGUGUGUAGAAGACAACCUCCCAGUGUUGUUCUGGCGUGUAGAAGACAACCUCCCAGUGUUCUGGUGUGUAGAAGACAACCUCCCAGAGUUCUCCUGGUGUGUAGAAGACAACCUCCCAGGGUUCCGGUGUGUAGAAGACAACCUCCCAGGAUUCCGGUGUGUAGAAGACAACCUCCCAGGGUUCCGGCGUGUAGAAGACAACCUCCCAGUGUUCUGGUGUGUAGAAGACAACCUCCCAGUGUUCUGGUGUGUAGAAGACAACAUUUACAUUUUUUACAUUUUUAGUCAUUUAGCAGACGCUCUUAUCCAGAGCGACUUACAGUUAGCACAUACAUUAUUUUAUCGAACCCACAACCCUGGUGUUGCAAACGCCAUGCUCUACCAACUGAGCUACAUACCCCUCCCAGUGUUGUUCUGGCGUGUAGAAGACAACCUCCUAGUGUUCUGGUGUGUAGAAGACAACCUCCCAGUGUUCUGGCGUGUAGAAGACAACCUCCCAGUGUUCUGGCGUGUAGAAGACAACCUCCCAGUGUUGUUCUGGCAUGUAGAAGACAACCUCCUAGUGUUCUGGUGUGUAGAAGACAACCUCCCAGUGUUGUUCUGGUGUGUAGAAGACAACCUCCCAGUGUUCUGGUGUGUAGAAGACAACCUCCCAGUGUUGUUCUGGUGUGUAGAAGACAACCUCCCAGUGUUGUUCUGGUGUGUAGAAGACAACCUCCCAGUGUUCUGGUGUGUAGAAGACAACCUCCCAGUGUUCUGGUGUGUAGAAGACAACCUCCCAGUGUUCUGGUGUGUAGAAGACAACCUCCCAGUGUUCUGGCGUGUAGAAGACAACCUCCCAGUUUUAUUCUGGCGUGUAGAAGACAACCUUACAGUGUUCUGUUGUGUGUUCUGGUGUGUAGAAGACAACCUCCUAGUGUUCUGGUGUGUAGAAGACAACCUCCCAGAGUUCUCCUGGUGUGUGUGCUGCUGCCGUGUGCUGCCAGAUCAUAAAUCUCAAGUAAGGUUAGCAUGCUGACGUUUAUGUCAUGUCGUCACGCGUCAUUAAGGAGACACAAUGGCCAGGGAUAGGAUAUAGGAAAAGUACAUCAGCCUAUACCCCCCAUGUAGUCGUAAAAAAGCUUGUGACUUCGUGUCUACCUGUCUUCAUAGCUCUUUAUGUUAAAGCUUUUGAAAUGGGGAUUAAAACCACUACCAUCACAUCAAUUGUUUAUUUCGAGACGUUGUUGGAACAGAGAAGAGUUGCAUUGAUCAAGGUUGCUACACUACUGUGAGUGAUUGCAGCUGAGGGCCUCUGGAUUGGCUUCUCUCAUUUGGGCACAAUGCCUUCUCUAGAUCUGAAUCUGAGCGCUCAUGAUCGUCAUUCAGCUAUUUUGAGAUAAAGUGGGAGGGAGACGAGGGCAACAGAACUCUGAAAGGACAGGAGGGGUGCGUGUGUACCCCCCCACACAAAAGGAGGCCUUCAGUCUAUUCGUUGCACCCCCAAUCAAUUUAAGAUGGGGAUGUCGUGGCAAAGACUCCAUGAAAUGGCUUUGUGUAGCGGCUGGGCCUGCCUCUCCAUGCCUUCUCCUUAAAGUGUGUCAUUUGACGGAAAACAUUCUCACACAACGCGUUACGCAAUCAACGGUGGCGGCACUGGCAUUGCCAGUGUUUUAACCCUUGGGGUUUGUUGUUGUGUGGAGGCUUUUCUCUUUCUGGAAGUUUCUCAGACGGCUUUAGGUGCCAAACAACGACAGGCUCUGUUGAGAUGGAGGGAGGGAGGGAGGAAUGUGGAGGAUGAGUGGAUGAGGAUCCAGAAGGGGGAGGAAAUACAUGAAAAAGAGAGAAGGGGGCAACCUUCUCUGAAAUCCCCAGAGCAUUAUAGCUACUGUUUCAAAGGCCUUGGGUCUGUAUUCAAAAAGCAUCUCAGAGUACUGAUCUAGGACCUGGUCCUCUCUGUCCUUCUAUUCCUAUUCGUUGUGAUCUAAUAGUCAAAAGAUCAGCACUCCUUCUCUGAGAUGCUUUAUGGAUAUGGGCCCUGAUCUGACUAAAGAGGUGGAGAAAGUAUUGUUUCCCAGAGAGAAACAUAAUGAGCCAUUUUGAUAAGAGGCUUUCGGGAAACACAACCUGGACGAAUGUCAAUACCAGAAGACGAGCAUUAUUUAAAUGACUGUCGUUACUGUACUAGUGGCAGAGAGAAGCAUGGUACAUGGGGUGUGUAUGGUUACCUGUAGUGCAGUGGACAUGUAACAAUACGUGUCAUCCUCCACUGGGUGUGUCCCUACAAGGUUGUGUCUCUGGUAGGACGGGCACUGCUGGGGGUGGGAGGGGCCUUUCCUGCCGUAGAAAGCCGAUUGGACAGUGAUGGUGGUGCGGGGCGGGCAGCGGACCGACAGGAAGUCGCCGUCACACGCCUGCUCGGUGUAGUUCCUCAACACUUUGGACAGGUAACCUAGGAGAUGAGAAAAACACCAUGGUUACAGACAGUUACCACGAAAACAGCUGCACACCUACACCUAUUUACAAUCCAUCAACUCUUAAGUGGUGUUCCAUGUCAUCUUGUAUGAAGAAGCACUGCGCAUUUCAGCAGAUUGCUAUAUCAUGUCAAUGUGUAUUUCCUGAGAUGCUAAUCACUUCUCCAGGUGUUGUGAGAUCGGAUCAUCAGUGCAGCGUGACUGCAUUAAAGACCAUCUGGAAUGCGUUCAAAGCCUAAAAUCAUACUACAAACAAAAGACACUCAAUGAAUAGGAGAUCAUUCAAUACAAACAAAGAUUAUUUGAAUAGGAGACAUUUCACUCCUCCACCUCCUCAGUGUAAAGAAACACACACACAGUCCCCAGGAAGUUCAAAUGGACAAAGCCAUGGGUGUGUUGCAUCCUGAAAUACUUUUAUUUAGAAUGUGUGGCACACAGCUGCAGCAGUUCUAUCUCAGUCAAUCGGCAGCAAAGAGGAACACAACACAUCCUGGAGAUAAGGCAAUCAGCAAUGCCAAUCACACACACACACACACAGAGUCUGCCAAGCUUUGCUUUGUCUUGCCUGGGUUGGACCACCUCGGAAGAAACACUCUCCUCCUUCCUUUAAUUUAAUCCCUCAUUUCAUGGUGAUGUCAUAUUGAGAGAGCUAGCGUGUUGUCUUAUCUGCGCUAUAUGUUGUUUUUGUUCGUUAACACGCUCUGUGGCGUGUGUGAAAACACACAGACACACCCUGUCAAGGGAGGGAGCACCAAUUUGGUCGCGUAGGUGGGUCUGUUUGUCUAGAUAGUAGUAAGCUUCCGUGGAAGAGCCCCCUGUUUCCAUGGUCCAUUAGUCGUGUUACACAUCAACAAGCCCUGACAAAACGACUGCCUUCACUUAACCAUCUCAAAAACCAUGGCUCCGGGCCUAGAAUACCAUAAUACCACACAGACGCUAAAAGCCCUAGCCUAGCGUCAUUAACCAUUAGCAUUGUUAGCCUCCAGGCAUAUCUGAAGAACAGACUCUGCAUUUAAGGCUAUCUGAGCUUCCUAGGCUUGAGCUAAAGACCUCACUAAGCUAACCUGCGCUAGUUCUAAGUCUGCUAACCCUAAGUUUGUCUCACCCUGUCUCCAUCAGUAAGCCCUUUGUUUGUUAGCGUUAGCGAGUCUCUUUUCGGACUCGGUGUCAGUUAGCUAACCACCAUGUUUUGAACUGCAUUCCAUAUUUAAAAACUGUAUAAAAAAAUAAUAAUAACUGAAAUAGGCCUAUUGGGAAACAAUCAUAAAACACUUUUAAUGUUAUUUUACUUGAAACCCCACAGGUCUAGCCUGUCUCUUUAAAUGCUGAAGCUAAUUACGGUGUUAGCCAGUAUUCUCUGUCAUUGUGAGCCACCAGCCUGUCAAUCAGUCAGGAGAACUGAACCCCAUCACAUUAACACUCCUGCCUGCUAGAAGGAGAGUGGAGAUAAAAGAGGGAGCACUGCUCCGUCAUUUGGUGUAUUUUUUCCUCCUCCUUUGCAAAACUAUUAAGCCAAAUGAUUGACAGCUGGCAGAGGAACAUUCAGGACAAAAGUUCUCAAGAUAAACAGAGGCGGUCUCAAAAAUGGUACCCUAUUCUCUGAAUAUUGCAUGACUUUUGACCAGGUUCCAUAGGGCUCUGGUCAAAAGUAGUGCACUAUAUGGGGAAUAGGGUGCCAUUUGGGACAGAAUUCGGCCUAUGGGAGUAGGGAAGUGCUUUCACUAGUGACUGUCAAUACAGGCCCUGUGCCAUAAUAAGGUUUGACAGAUGUCAUAAGCAGUCAUGACUGUUCGUGUCAGCUUAUGACAAAUUACUUUGAAAAAAGUUUUACCGAAACGCAUAACAUGCAUGAUGGAAUAAAAAUAUUUGGCAUGGGCCCUCAGAUCCUCAAAAAGUUCUACAGCUGCACCAUUGAGAGCAUCUUGACUGGCUGCAUCACUGCUUGGUAUGGCAACUGCUAAGGCACUACAGAGGGUAGUUCAUACGACCCAGUACAUCACUGGGGCCGAGCUCCCUGCCAUCCAAGACCUCUAUACCAGGCGGUGUCAGAGGAAGACCCUAAAAAUUGUCAAAGACUCCAGCCACCCAAGACAUAGGCUGUUCUCUCUGCUACCGCAUGGCAAGCGGUACCGGAGCUACAAGUCUAGGACCAAAAGACUUCUUAACAGCUUCUACCCCCAAGCCAUAAGACUGCUGAACAGUUAAUCAAAUGGCUACCCAGACUAUUUGCAUUGUCCUCCUUUUUAUUUGCACUGACUUGCUUGCACCAGCUCUAUGCACCCUCACUGGACUCUACCCACACACUCACACAUACUACACUGACACUCCAACACACACACACACACACACACACACACACACACACUGCUGCUACUCUGUUUAUUAUUUACCUUGAUUGCCUAGUCACCUUUACCCCUACCUACAGUGGGGAGAACAAGUAUUUGAUACACUGCCAAUUUUGCAGAUUUUCCUAUUUACAAAGCAUGUAGAGGUCUGUAAUUUUUAUCAUAUGUACACUUCAACUGUGAGAGACGGAAUCUAAAACAAAAAUCCAGAAAAUCACAUUGUAUGAUUUUUAAGUAAUUAAUUUGCUUUUUAUUGCAUGACAUAAGUAUUUGAUACAUCAGAAAAGCAGAACUUAAUAUUUGGUACAGAAACCUUUGUUUGCAAUUACAGAGAUCAUACGUUUCCUGUAGGUCUUGACCAGGUUUGCACACACUGCAGCAGGGAUUUUGGCCCACUCCUCCAUACAGACCUUCUCCAGAUCCUUCAGGUUUCGGGGCUGUCGCUGGGCAAUACGGACUUUCAGCUCCCUCCAAAGAUUUUCUAUUGGGUUCAGGUCUGGAGACUGGCUAGGCCACUCCAGGACCUUGAGAUGCUUCUUACGGAGCCACUCCUUAGUUGCCCUGGCUGUGUGUUUCGGGUCGUUGUCAUGCUGGAAGACCCAGCCACAACCCACCUUCAAUGCUCUUACUGAGGGAAGGAGGUUGUUGGCCAAGAUCUCGCGAUACAUGGCCCCAUCCAUCCUCCCCUCAAUACGGUGCAGUCGUCCUGUCCCCUUUGCAGAAAAGCAUCCCAAAAGAAUGAUGUUUCCACCUCCAUGCUUCACGGUUGGGAUGGUGUUCUUGGGGUUGUACUCAUCCUUCUUCUUCCUCCAAACACGGCGAGUGGAGUUUAGACCAAAAAGCUCUAUUUUUGUCUCAUCAGACCACAUGACCUUCUCCCAUUCCUCCUCUGGAUCAUCCAGAUGGUCAUUGGCAAACUUCAGACGGGCCUGGACAUGCGCUGGCUUGAGCAGGGGGACCUUGCGUGCGCUGCAGGAUUUGAAUCAAUGACGGCGUAGUAUGUUACUAAUGGUUUUCUUUGAGACUGUGGUCCCAGCUCUCUUCAGGUCAUUGACCAGGUCCUGCCGUGUAGUUCUGGGCUGAUCCCUCACCUUCCUCAUGAUCAUUGAUGCCCCACGAGGUGAGAUCUUGCAUGGAGCCCCAGACCGAGGGUGAUUGACCGUCAUCUUGAACUUCUUCCAUUUUCUAAUAAUUGCGCCAACAGUUGUUGCCUUCUCACCAAGCUGCUUGCCUAUUGUCCUGUAGCCCAUCCCAGCCUUGUGCAGGUUUACAAUUUUAUCCCUGAUGUCCUUACACAGCUCUCUGGUCUUGGCCAUUGUGGAGAGGUUGGAGUCUGUUUGAUUGAGUGUGUGGACAGGUGUCUUUUAUACAGGUAAUGAGUUCAAACAGGUGCAGUUAAUACAGGUAAUGAGUGGAGAACAGGAGGGCUUCUUAAAGAAAAACUAACAGGUCUGUGAGAGACGGAAUUCUUACUGGUUGGUAGGUGAUCAAAUACUUAUGUCAUGCAAUAAAAUGCAAAUUAAUUACUUAAAAAUCAUACAAUGUGAUUUUCUGGAUUUUUGUUUUAGAUUCCGUCUCUCACAGGUGAAGUGUACCUAUGAUAACAAUUACAGACCUCUACAUGCUUUGUAAGUAGGAAAACCUGCAAAAUCGGCAGUGUAUCAAAUACUUUUCUCCCCACUGUACAUGUACAGUGAGGGAAAAAAGUAUUUGAUCCCCUGAUGAUUUUGUAAGUUUGCCCACUGACAAAGAAAUGAUCAGUCUAUAAUUUUAAUGGUAGGUUUAUUUGAACAGUGAGAGACAGAAUAACAACAAAAAAAUCCAGAAAAACGCAUGUCAAAAAUGUUAUAAAUUGAUUUGCAUUUUAAUGACGGAAAUAAGUAUUUGACCCCCUCUCAAUCAGAAAGAUUUCUGGCUCCCAGGUGUCUUUUAUACAGGUAACGAGCUGAGAUUAGGAGCACACUCUUAAAGGGAGUGCUCCUAAUCUCAGCUUGUUACCUGUAUAAAAGACACCUGUACACAGAAGCAAUCAAUCAAUCAGAUUCCAAACUCUCCACCAUGGCCAAGACCAAAGAGCUCUCCAAGGAUGUCAGGGACAAGAUUGUAGACCUACACAAGGCUGGAAUGGGCUACAAGACCAUCGGCAAGCAGCUUAAUGAGAAGGUGACAACAGUUGGUGCGAUUAUUGGAAAUGGAAGAAACACAAAAUAACUGUCAAUCUCCCUCGGCCUGGGGCUCCAUGCAAGAUCUCACCUCGUGGAGUUGCAAUGAUUAUGAGAACGGUGAGGAAUCAGCCCAGAACUACACUGGAGGAUCUUGUCAAUGAUCUCAAGGCAGCUGGGAUAAUAGUCACCAAGAAAACAAUUGGUAACACACUACGCCGUGAAGGACUGAAAUCCUGCAGCGCCCACAAGGUCCCCCUGCUCAAGAAAGCACAUAUACAGGCCCGUCUGAAGUUUGCCAAUGAACAUCUGAAUGAUUCAGAGGAGAACUGGGUGAAAGUGUUGUGGUCAGAUGAGACCAAAAUCAAACUCUUUGGCAUCAACUCAACUCGCCGUGUUUGGAGGAGGAGGAAUGCUGCCUAUGACCCCAAGAACACCAUCCCCACUGUCAAACAUGGAGGUGGAAACAUUAUGCUUUGGGGGUGUUUUUCUGCUAAGGGGACAGGACAACUUCACCGCAUCAAAGGGACGAUGGACGGGGCCAUGUACCGUCAAAUCUUGGGUGAGAACCUCCUUCCCUCAGCCAGGGCAUUGAAAAUGGGUCAUGGAUGGGUAUUCCAGCAUGAAAAUGACCCAAAACACACGGCCAAGGCAACAAAGGAGUGGCUCAAGAAGAAGCACAUUAUGGUCCUGGAGUGGCCUAGCCAGUCUCCAGACCUUAAUACCAUAGAAAAUCUGUGGAGGGAGCUGAAGGUUCGAGUUGCCAAACGUCAGCCUCGAAACCUUAAUGACUUGGAGAAGAUCUGCAAAGAGGAGUGGGACAAAAUCCGUCCUGAGAUGUGUGCAAACCUGGUGGCCAACUACAAGAAACGUCUGACCUCUGUGAUUGCCAAGAAGGGUUUUGUCACCAAGUACUAAGUCAUAUUUUGCAGAGGGGUCAAAUACUUAUUUCCCUCAUUAAAAUGAAAAUCAAUUUAUAACAUUUUUGACAUGCGUUUUUCUGGAUUUUUGUUGUUGUUAUUCUGUCUCUCACUGUUCAUAUAAAUCUACCAUUACAAUUAUAAGCUGAUCAUGUCUUUGUCAGUGGGCAAACGUACAAAAUCAGCAGGGGAUCAAAUACUUUUUUCCCUCACUGUACAUAUUACCUCAACUAUCUCGUACCCCUGCACAUUGACUCGGUACCGGUACUCCAUGUAUAUAGUCUUGUUAUUGUUAUUUUAUUGUGUUACUAUUUCCUUAAAAUAAAAGAUUAAACUCUGCAUUGUUGGGAAAGGGCUCGUAAGUAAGCAUUUCACGGUAAAGUCUACACCUGCUGCAUUGGGCGCAUGUGACAAAUUCAUAAAAUCAAUCAAAUUGUCUUUAUCCAAAACAAGGAGACAUUUUAGUGUAAUUUUAAGGCUGUAAGCAAUCCCUUGGUUCAAAACCCGGCUUGGAAAAUUAAGUUUAAAAAAAUUACCAGUUUGAUUCAGCCAGCUCAACAUCAAUAUGUCAAACGUUUUCACUGUUGAGUGCUUCGCAAACACUACAGGUACAUUAGAGGAAGUAGGAACUGUUUCCAUACACAGUGACCCACAUACAUGAAUGCACGCGUGCGCCCACACCAAACACGCACGCACACACACACCUUUUUCCCAUGGUUACCUCUAACAGUGCAGUAGUUCCAUAGAGUGUAGUCAUGAAACUCUGAUAGCUCAAAGGGUCAACACCGGGACAUAAUUAGACAACAGUGGCGCCCAGUGCAGCCUCUGUUCUUUCACUGUUCUAUUGACACUGCCUUAUCUUGAAAAUGAAAGCAAGAACAUUUGACUUCAAUGCUUUUAACUAUUACAGUAGGCUACUUAAGCAUUAAGGCCAGAGAGCUUUGCAGAGUCAGGUAUAGAACAACCUCUUUGAUCAUAAAAUGCAAAGCUAAGUUAGCCUGGUGUGAAGUGCACACACUGUUUCUUUGGAACUAAGUAACUUCUCACACACCACACUCACUCCUGCUGGCAUAGCCCUGUCUGCUGCAUUCCAGAGCGGGUGAACUUGGCAUUUCCCCUGACAGGACCACACACACAAACAAACUACAACACAACCAGCGUGGCUGCCGUGGCAACAAACACAACCUUACACUGAAGUCAUUCUCCUCUACAGUUACCCAGCGGGCAAAAAGUUAUCAAGGGACAUCAUUUUUCUGAUAUGCGAUGUCAGAUAACCAGAUUACAACCAUUUAAAUACUUAUUUUUGCCUUUCAGGGAAAAUAAAGAUCUAUUGAACUGAGUUCUCCAUGAAGAAAUCAAGGCGCCUGGGAAAGACGUCAUAUCGUGAUGUUAUCUUGUUUAAGUGACUGAUACAACCAGGUAAAGGCGUCUGUUUCUGGAUGCUAAAAACGUCAAAAAAAACGUCCUUUAACAUUCAGACUACGACCUGACCAUGACGUCAGUCUGAUGUAAUUGCAACCGGUUUUGCCCACUGAGCAUAAGACAGGUCUGUUUGGUCUUAGUAUUAGGCCCGGUCCUGGACCCAUGCCAAGACCACGAUACAGCAUGUGCACUGCCAGUCCUAUACCCCUCCAGCCACUGAGCUGGGUGCCACAUGGAAACUGUGGCUACUACCAUGCCGGGAGAGGGAGAGGGCGAGGGCGAGGGAGAGGGCGAGGGAGAGGGAGAGGGCGAGGGCGAGGGAGAGGGAGAGGGCGAGGGAGAGGGAGAGGGCGAGGGAGAGGGAGAGGGAGAGGGAGAGGGCGAGGGAGAGGGCGAGGGCGAGGGCGAGGGCGAGGGCGAGGGCCAAACAGAGGAAUGA